AUGGGAGUGAGCACAGCCCAUAACGAAAUUCUCAAUGCCUUUUACAGUGCCUCAGACCUCACUAAAUAUGAAAGAAUCCAUACUGGAAAGGAACUAUACAAAGCUAAUGUAUGUGGGAAGGUCUUCAGUCAAAAUGGACAUCUUGAAGCUCAGCUGAGAAUUCUUACUGGAGAGAAACCUUACAGAUGUAAUGUUUGUGGCAAAUCCUUUAACUUUGGCUCAAACUUGAGCAGACAUCAGAAAAUCCAUACUGGGGAAAAGCCACAUAAAUGUAAUAUAUGCGGCAAGAUCUUUAGUCGGUAUUCAGGCCUCACAACCCAUCAGAGAAUUCACACUGGAGAGAGACCUUACAAAUGUACUGAAUGUGGAAAUGCUUUUACCCGAAGAUCAAAACUAGUAGAACAUCAGAAAAUUCAUGCUGGGGAGAAACCUUACACAUGUAACGUUUGUGGACUACCCUUAACUAAAGGCUCAAGCUUAACUAGACAUCAGAGAAUCCACACUGGUGAGAAACCAUAUAAAUGUGAUGUAUGUGGCAAAGCCUUCAGUCGAAAUUCAGGCCUUACAACUCACCAGAGAAUUCAUACUGGAGAGAGGCCUUACAAGUGUGUUGAAUGUGGGAAAGCAUUUAUCCAGAGAACACAUCUUGUGGAACAUCAGAGAAUUCACACUGGAGAGAGACCUUACAAAUGUAAUGAAUGUGGGAAGGCUUUUACCCAACGAGCAAACCUUAUAGAACAUCAGAGAAUUCGUUUGGUGCAGAGACCUUACAAAUGUAAUGUGCGUGGUCAGGCCUUUAACUCUCCGCCACACCUCAUUACACAUCAGAGAAUCCAUACUGGUAAGAAACCAUAUAAAUGUAAA